AUGGUGAACGUCUUCGCAGUUCCAGUGUUCUUUAUCGUCUUUCGCGAGUCCCUUGAGACCGCAAUUAUCGCAGCCAUCCUCUUAUCCUUCCUGAAGAAGACAUUUGAUACACCUGAAAGUGAUCGGGCGGCAUAUGUGCGCUUGCGUAGACAUGUCUGGCUGGGUCUAAUAGUAGGUUUCAUUUGUGUACUCGCCAUUGGGGGUGGCAUGAUCGGUGCCUUCUACAGGCUGGGUGUCGAUGCAUGGGCAAAAUCCGAAAACUUAUGGGAAGGCAUAUUCUGCUUGAUCGCCAGUGUAAUCAUUACUGUAAUGGGCGCGGCCAUUCUGAGAGUUUCGAAACUUCAAAAGAAAUGGCAAGAGAAGAUUACAAAGGCUCUACAAGCUCCCAGAAAAGAAACCACUGUCGGACAAAAACUUGAAAAAUAUGCGCUCUUCAUCCUGCCUUUCAUUACCAUCCUUCGUGAGGGACUUGAGGCUGUCAUCUUUGUUGGAGGCGUUGGUCUCUCGUUCCCCGCAAGCUCCUUUCCCAUUCCCGUUAUUACAGGUAUCCUCGCUGGUCUCGUUAUCGGUUUCAUCAUGUAUAAGGGCGGUAACAUGUUCCACCUCCAAAUUUUCCUCAUCAUAUCGACAUGUUUCUUGUACCUCGUCGCCGCCGGUCUCUUCUCUCGAGGUGUAUGGACACUAGAGAUGUACGAAUAUGGAAAACUUGUCGGUGGUGAUGUCGCAGAAACGGGAUCUGGACCAGGCUCUUAUGAUAUCAGGCAGAGCGUUUGGCACGUCAAUUGCUGCUCGCCCGGAUAUAAUGGAGGUGGCGGUUGGGGUAUCUUCAAUGCCCUCUUCGGUUGGCAAAACUCUGCAACAUAUGGCUCCGUCAUUUCCUAUAACGUUUACUGGAUAGUCGUCAUUGCCUACUUCCUCUUCAUGUACUUCCGAGAACAAAAGGAGUUCAGUGCAUCCGCACAAUCAGACUCUGAUCUCGAAGCUGACAACGGAAAGGGCGUUGUGGGGGCUGGGAAAAACGCUGUUGCGGUCGAUGAGAAGAGUGCCUAG